AUGUAAUAAUCCAUUUUUGAUUUUGGUAAGACAACUUCAAGUUUUUGGCAUCUUUGUGAUAAAUGUUUGCUUGAUGUAUUGCUUGUUAUAAACUAUAAAAGGAACAACCUGAUCUAAUAGAGUCUGAGUUUCUUGUUGGUUCUAAAUAAAGAAUCAAAAAAAAAUUUCUUCUGAUGAGUGAAAGCUCGUUGUUUAAAGUUUCUGUAAUGUAACUCAAAAUAGCACCGCUUCUUACUAUGCAUGUUUAAUUUAUAGAUCCAUCUUCAGAUCAUUUUGUCUAACUGAAUUCAGAUGAGACUCUGUAUGGAUUCAGACUUUCCUAUUAAGGUAAGAGUCUCGAGAUUUUUACAUCGGAUAAAACGAACUAUGAAGUUUGGAAGUCUCACUUUCGAUUGAAGUGCAUUAUGAAUAAUUUUCAUGAUGCUUUUUCAGUAUCAAAGAUGAUUGGCAAAGGCAGUUUUGCAAAAGUAUAUUCAGCAACAAAAAAAGAAAAUAAUAACUAAUAUGCAAUAAAGGCAUUUAGCAAAAGCUAUAUGUCUCAGUAAUCAAAGGGAAUCGAGAGUCUAUUGAAUGAGAUAAAAGUAAUGAGGAAAUUGAAUCAUCCAAACAUUGUAAAAUUGCAUGAAGUUCAUGAAACAACUAAUUCGAUUUACUUUGUUUUGGACAUGAUAUAAGGAGGAGAAUUAUUACAACGAGUGCGUGAAACAGGUAAGAAUUUAUAAUCCAUAAGGUUUCCUGCCUGCUGAGACUAUGUAGAAACUGGCCUUCAAUUUGAUAAGUGCAUUGAGACACAUGCAUGAGAACAAUCUGAUUCAUAGAGAUUUGAAGCCUGAAAACCUACUGUUGAAGUCAAGAGAGAAUAAUUAUGAAAUCGUUUUGGCUGACUUUGGAUUGGCCACCAGUCUCAAUGAAGAACCCUUAUUCAAAAGAUGUGGUACACCUGGUUUUGUUGCUCCUGAAAUCCUUGAAUACAUAGAUGGAUUGGAUUUCUAUUGCGAUAAAUGUGAUGUCUUUAGUGCAGGGAUAAUCUUGUAUCUUUUGAUUGUAUAAUAUAACAUUAUAUCAUUAGACUGGCAAUACUCCAUUUGCAGGGAUAGAUUAGAAAUCCAUCCUAAAGAAUAAUAAAUAAUGUGAAGUGGACUUUAAGGAUCAACAAUUCAAACUGGCUCCAAUCUAAAUGCAGGAUCUUGUCUAAUCUAUGCUCAUGAAGAAACCGUCUUUGAGAUUGAGUUCAGAAGAAGUAUGUUACAUUAUAUCAUAAGUGUUUAAAACAUCCUUAUUUCAAAGAAUUGGCUAAGGAAUACAACAGAUAAACGGAGAAAUAUUAGAAGAAUCUUCAAGGGUAUUCAGAAUUCAAGAAUGCUGUCAAGAUUGGAACUUAAGAAAUUGAAUAGAGAUCUCCCUUAAACUUCAACUCCUCUGAUUCAAUAUCCUCAAAUGUCUCUAUAACAAGACAAGACUAAAGGAAAUCGUCUAUCGUGGUAGGAGCAUCCAAAUUUAGUUAAUAUAGUGCUAAAUUAUCGAAGUAAAAUUCAAGGGAGAUUGCUGGUAAAUUGCUUCUCUAGUAUAUAGAUAUACCGUAGAAACAGGAACCAAAAAAGCAAAAGGAUUUACAUAGACUUGCCCUUACUAACAGUCAACUUAAACAUAUGGCUAACAAUAAAUAAGAGAGUAAUGAUGAUCCUACAGCUGAAAAUUGCAAUAUAGGAGCAAUGGUGAGAUAAUACAACUCCACGAGACAAAUAAGGAUACCAGAUAGUACAUUAAAAAUAAAAGAGUGCAAUACUCCUACACUGUAAAAACAAUGA